AAAAUGUUUAAAAACAAAAUCCAACAAAAAUUUAUUAUUAGCUUAACUUACAAAAAUGUAAUUAUUUUUAUAAUAAGCAUUGUUGAAUUGAUAUGGCAGGACAUUAUUAUGCAAGCAUGUCAGUGCAAGACAGGAUGUACUUUGAUACACUAGUGUAUCAGUAAAAAUUAUGUAAAUGUCCUGUACAAAUAUAAUUACAAACAUAAUAUGGCACAAUAUCCCAUUCAGCAAAGCUGUGUAGCUAAAAUAAUUUUCAGCAUUUCAAUGAAAGAACGUUUAAUUUUUUGACAUGGAUAGAAUAAGAUUUCCAUAAUUGAGGUAUUCUAAGCACCGUUAAGUAAAAAAUUUGGUUCUUGUGUGAUGUGUCAUUGUGAUAAAUAGUGCGAUAAAUUACAAUUCUUAAAUUCUAAUUUAUAGCCCUUGCUGUAAAAAUAUCUGACAAGUCAUUUAUAUUAGUUAUGCUAGCUAUCAAUUUGUUCAAGAGCAGUAGAUCAUAAUAAGCCAUGAUGGAAUAAAAAAGGUUUAAUUUUAGGGACUGUCUUGGGGACAGCACCGUCAAUGGUCAACGAUACAAAAAGCUCUCGUGCUUUGCACAAACUUUGCACCGUCUACCGUUGACUGACAACAGUGCCGUAGACAGUCGCUUAUUUUUAACAGCCAUGAAUGCGGUCUUGGGUGACCGAUAACAAAGUCAGGCAGCGCACCGUACUACAUAGUGCAAAAAUGUUCAAAUUAGUUAUGUUUACUGUCCAGGAACCAAAAGCUAUGGAGCGUAUCACCAAGACUAUUAUCGGCAACCUCAUGCACCUAGAUACAAUGCAGAAGAUAUAUCGAUAUUCCCGUAAUAAAAAGCCCAAUGUAAUGGAGCACUGUAAUACGUGGGGUUUUCCAAAGAUGUUUGAAGACUUUAGACACAAACCCAUAAUUCUUGUUUCAUUAGAACUUUGGGAGGUUAUGCCACAAUACAUUAAAUGAUUUUAAAAUAAA